UCUUCAUCAGCAUCUUCUCUACUUUACCAAACCAAGAGAAAACCCAAUUUCUCAAUCAAGCUGGUGGCGUUGAGCAUCAUCAUUGCCACAAGUGGAUAAACGAAAUUGAGACGAUGAAGAGUGGUGUUAGAGUUCAGUUAGAAGAAGAAGGAAUUAGGGGUAUGAACUUCAGUGAAGAAUCAGCGAGAAGAAGAGUUUGGUAUGGUACGAAUAAGUGAAGAUUUGGGAAUCUCUGAUUUGAAUCUUAUGCCUACGACCGUUUAAACACUGACUGAGUGAAUGGAAAAUCUGUAGAAGCUAUGAAGAUGAAGUUUACUCUUUCCAUUGAUUUCAGCGAGGAGCUCAACCGCUGCCUGGAAGAAGAAGAACUGAUGGGAAACACGGAUUUUGGGGGUUCUCAUCUGUGUAUGCAACAUGGAUUGAAGUUACAACAGCAGCGAUUGAAUCUGGGAGUUUUUGAGAUUCGAUUUGGUUUGAAAUCAAUUGAAGAAUGAUAGUACAGGUCAUUGAAAAUACAUCUACAGAUGGUGGAAACAAUUGGCAAUGGUGAUGUGUAUGAUCUGUUGAUACUUGUGGAGGUUAGACAGUGAGAAGAUGAAGAAAUCAAGAUGGGUUGGAAUUCUCGAAAUGAUGUUGGUUAUUAUGGUGGAUGUCGGGUGGAUUUGUAGACGUAAUUGGAGAAAGUGAAUUCAGUUCCAUGGAGAUGCAGAUUGAAAGGUACCCAACCAUUAAUACUUCAUUUUAUUCAUAUCCAUGGUGCAAUUUCUUGUGUUUGGGGGUUUGCCUUGAAUCAAAAUUUGGUCAAUUUGAGUUAUGGAGAGAGCAACUACAUGAGAUGGUGGUUGUUUAUCUCCGUUUUGGGGUUUCAUGUAGAACAAGGAUGAAAUUCUGAUAUUCGAAUUCAGUUAGCAGUAGUGUUGAACCGGUGGAUUAAUGGAGAAACGAAACUGAGAAGAUGCAGUCUGUUGAAUGGGACUGAAAAUGGUCAAUCCGGCAGUGAUGGCAUUUCCUAUUACCAACAGUUGUUGGUGUUUUGAACCGUGAAGACAGUGUUGAUGCCUACCUUGCCAGUGGAUUGUGGGGAUAAAAGGCGAAAAAAUUGCUUAGUGAUAUUGUGGUCAUAUUUGGGCAAGAUUGAUUAUGAAUUCAGUGUGGUAGUGAACUGAGUUUGACGGUGGCCAGAGAUGGGAGAUGCGAGAAUGGAAUUCUGGCUGGUAUUAACAGUGAAUGAAUGGCGAGAAGAUGGUGCUGAGAUACUGGUGAAGUUAGGUCGAGAAGGGUGCAGUCCAUAAUAUGGUCAGAAUCAGAAUUGGUGUUGUUUCUAUCAAGUCAAAUGCAGGUAACUGGUUUCAGCUGUGGUAGGCAGAAAUAUGAGGAAGAGAUAAAAUUGUGUGGAGUGUUUUCCCCAAAUCCAGGAAGUGUUUGAAUCAAGUAGUUAGAGAAGAAGUCAAGUUGUUGUAUAAAGGAUGAGCUUAAUCAACCAAAAAGGGGAGUAAGGUAGCUCUAAAGACUUGGCGACAUUAGGAGUUGUUACGGGUGCAGGGAAUCAGUGUCGUUACUUCAGUUGUGAUUAGGCUGAAAUCUAACCGAAAUCACAGCCAUAUGGGUAACAUUGUAUCGGUUUCUUGUUUUCUUUGUGUAUGCAAUAUUCUAGGUCUGAUCAAUUCAAUCGAUUAGUUAGAUUUCACCGUUUUGCUAAUAGGGUAUUAGAAAAUCACCCUAAUCAUCCAAUGGCAGGUGAAGCUGAGAGAUUAGCGGCUGAGGCUGAAACUGCUAGGAUAGCUGCUGAGGCCGCGGCCAAUGCUGAUGGACCUAGAACCCUUAGGGAUUAUUUGCAGACGAAAAGGACUUCUACACCUUCUUGUAUAGUUCUUCCGGCUAAUGCUGGAAAUGUGUCGAUAAAGUAUGGUCAGAUACAAGCACUACCUAAGUUUCAUGGAUUGGACUCCGAGAGUCCAUACAUACAUUUGAAAGAAUUUGAUGAGGUCUGUACUACUAUGCCUUUUGUUGCUGCGACUCAAGAUGUUGUAAAACUGAAAUUGUUUCCAUUUUCUCUAAAGGAGAAAGCUAAGACUUGGCUGCAUUCUUUGCGACCAAAUACCAUUAGGACGUGGAAUGAAAUGACUAGAGAGUUUCUGAAAAAGUUUUUUCCAAUUCACAAAACAAUCACUCUUAGAAAAAGUAUAAUGAAUUUUUCUCAAAAUGAACAUGAGUGUUUUUUUGAGUGUUGGGAGAGAUUUAAAGACUUACUUUCUAGCUGCCCUCAUCAUGGUUAUGAAAUUUGGAGAGUAAUUAACUUCUUUUAUAAUGGUCUGAAUUCAUGUAUGCGUCAGUUUGUUGAAAUGAUGUGUAAUGGGAAAUAUCUGAAUAAGUCACCUGAUGAUGCUUGGACUUACUUCGAUCCGCUAGCAGAAAACUCCCAAAAUUGGGACACUUCAGGCACAGCGGAUGAAAAUAACUCCAAACCUUUAGCUAGUUCUAGGCCUGGAAUGUAUGUGUUGAAUGAAGAUCACGAAUUGAAUGCUAAGGUUGCUAGUUUGCAUAGAAAAGUUGAUGCGAUUCAGAGACCAAAUGCAGUUAAGGUAGCUGACCCGGUUGAACAUGCUUGUGAUAUUUGCGAAAGUCUGGAACACUACACUAAGGAUUGUCCUACGAUCCCAGGAUUUCAAGAAGUGUUACAUGACCAAGCAAAUUCCACGGAUACUUAUAAAAGACCAUUUAGCUCCCCAUAUUCAGAAACGUACAAUCCAAAUUGGCGAAACCAUCCUAAUUUCAGUUGGAGGAAUGGUCCUACAAUGAUUGGUGUAAAUAUUCCCCAAGGGUCUUCAUCUAGUAACCCUUAUGUGCCACCUCAUAAGAAUAAUCUUGAGGAUACUCUCCAAAGUCCAAACUUUUAUGCAGGGACGGACACAGAUAAACCUGAAUGUUAUGAAGACUUUAGAUGAGCUGAAAACUAGCAUAGUUAGAAUUGAAUCACGUCUCAAUGUUAGGGAGAAAGAGACAUUGCCUGCCCAAACUCAACCUAACCCCAAGGGCCAGUUUGACGUUAAAAAUUCUAACUCGGAGCAAGCUAAUGUUGUCACGACUAUUAGAAGUGGUAAGGUGAUUGAGACUCCGAUGAAGGUGCACGAACCUGGGAAAUCUUUGAAGCUUAAGAGUAGUGACAGUCAUAUUGAUACUCAAGAUGAACAAUCUGAAAUUGAUAAGAAAAUGCAUGCUCCAUUUCCUCAUCGUUUAUUGUCUGCUAAACAGUUGGCUGAUCAUAAGGAUAUCCUUGAUGUUUUUCAGCAUUUGAAGAUCAACAUUAACUCGGAGCAAGCUAAUGUUGUCACGACUAUUAGAAGUGGUAAGGUGAUUGAGACUCCGAUGAAGGUGCACGAACCUGGGAAAUCUUUGAAGCUUAAGAGUAGUGACAGUCAUAUUGAUACUCAAGAUGAACAAUCUGAAAUUGAUAAGAAAAUGCAUGCUCCAUUUCCUCAUCGUUUAUUGUCUGCUAAACAGUUGGCUGAUCAUAAGGAUAUCCUUGAUGUUUUUCAGCAUUUGAAGAUCAACAUACCUCUCUUGAGUGUGAUUAAGCAAGUUCCAGCUUACUCCAAGUUCUUGAAGGAUCUCUGCACGGUCAAUAGGAAGCACAAUAUUCAGAAAAAGGCAUUUCUCACGGAACAGGAAACAUCAUCUCAUCUAGAAGCUAAGGUUCCUUUAGAAGCUUGUCUUCCUAAUCUGUUGGAUUUCGAUGAGGAUGGAAGUUAAUUCUUCACUGAAUUCAUCCCUGUUGCUGGAUAUGGGUAAGUGGCAGUCUAGAUUUGAGUCACUUCAAAUCAGGGAGACCGAGCCAUUGUGUCCAUCCGUAGAAUUUUCAAAGCAUGAUCUUAAUCCUCUUCCUAAUGAACUGAAUUAUGAUGUUUUUGGCCAAAAUGAAAAUAUUCUUAUUUUCUUACCAACUGAACUUAAUGAGGAACAUGAAACAAUACUUUCGCAUGUUCUUAGGAGGCAUAUAAGUGCCGCAGGAUGGAGUAUUGCAGACAUAUAAGGAAUUGAUCCUAGGAAGUCACAGCUCAAUGAGCUUCAUGAAAUCAGGAAUGAGGGUGAUAUGAACUGCAAAUGUAAAAUGAGAAAGUUUCCUGCUAAGCAUGUUAUUAGGGAAGUAUUGGAACCAGUUCUUUGUUAUGAUUCUCAACUGCAUCAGUUCUCAGGUAAGCUUAAGACACGAUGGAAAGACUCAUUUGUCUUUAAAAAUGAAUUUCAUGAUUGUACCGUUGAUAUUGAGAAUCCUAACAACUGCAACAUUUUUAAGGUUAAUGGGCAGAGGUUGAAGCCGUUUUUGGAACUUGUGAAUCCAGAAGUCGAUACUACGACUCUGGAGGAUCCUUCUUAUGUUUGAUUGGCUAUGUUUUGCAGAUGUCUGGCUGGAGACAUAAAAUUCAGCGCUUUAGGGAGACAACCCUCUUCUGAUGUGUUUGUGGGUAUCACAACUGGAAGCCCUCACGAGACAGACUCGCCCUCUUGUGCAAGCUUGAGGUUUAAAGGCUUGUUGCAUUGGCUAAAUGCAACCGAACUGACCUACGACAGUGGUAAAAUAAUGUUAUUUUAUUUUAUUUCUUUAUCAUGAAUAAUAUUUUGUGCUCGGCUGAUUACCCUUUUUCCACCUUUGAACUGUUUACAAUGUAGAAAUUAGGUUGGGGGUAGGGUAAAUCCAUGCGUUACUGUUUUGAAAAAUAUUGUUUCUCUUUUAUGCUUCAUCUAAAAAAAAGUGAAAAUUUUACAUGAUAAGGUAAGCUGUUUAGCGGUCUUCCUACACCACUUUUUAGUGGUUUUGUGACAAUUUACUUUAAUCCAGCUGUUUAGCGGAUUCGUCGUGCUGUUUAGCAGACAUUUCUUAAUCACUGUGUAGUGUUUCUGUCCAAUUGUUUAGCAGACGUGUCUCCAUAUCCAGCUGUGUAGCGGAUAUAACUUUUUCUUGUUUUGCUCGGGACUAGCAAAAUGUAAAUGUGGAGGAGUUUGAUAAGCACGUAAGUGCGACACUUUUACACCCCCAUUUACACUAGCUAGGUCCUGUUAGCUUGCUAAUAAUAUUAUUUGAGACCUUUUGUAGCAAUUACAAGUGAAAUCUGUUCACCUGGAGAAUAGUUGGCUAAAUGAGGAGUAAAACCGUGUUUGCGAGAAAGAUGAGCAAAGCCAAUCACGGUCCAUGGCACCACCACUUGGCUACAUUUCUUCACAUCCAGGUUACAAAGUUACCUGUGUAAAACAAGCCCAGCCCACCAGCGGCUAUAGAGAAAUGGGAGAGUGGCCUACUCUAUUACCACAUCUCUUAUAUGUUCUAAAUUCUUCGUCAGCAUCUUCUCUACUUUACCAAACCAAAAGAAAAACCAAUUUCUCAAUCAAGCUGGUGGCGUUGAGCAUCAUCAUUGCCAGAAGUGGAUAAACGAAAUUGAGACGAUGAAGAGUGGUGUUAGAGUUCAGUUAGAAGAAGAAGGAAUUAGGGGUAUGAACUUCAGUGAAGAAUCAGCGAGAAGAAGAGUUUUGUAUGGUACGAAUCAGUGAAGAUUUGGGCAUCUCUGAUUUGAAUCUUAUGCCAGAAAACAAGACCGAAGAUCUGAUUUUACUGCCGUUUAAACACUGACUGAGUGAAUGGAAAAUCUGUAGAAGCUAUGAAGAUGAAGUUUACUCUUUCCAUUGAUUUCAGCGAGAGAGCUCAACCGCUGCCUGGAAGAAGAAGAACUGAUGGGAAACACGGAUUUUGGGGGUUCUCAUGUGUGUAUGCAACAGGGAUUGAAGUUACAACAGCAGCGAAUGAAUCUGGGGGUUUUUGAGAUUCGAUUUGGUUUGAAAUCAAUUGAAGAAUGAUGGUACAGGUCAUUGAAAAUACAUCAACAGAUGGUGGAAACAAUUGGCAGUGGUGAUGUGUAUGAGCUGUUGAUACUUGUGGAGGUUACACAGUGAGAAGACGAAGAAAUCAAGAUGGGUUGGAAUUCUCGAAAUGGUGUUGGUUAUUAUGGUGGCUGUCGGGUGGAUUUGCAGACGUAAUUGGAGAAGGUGAAUUCAGUUCCAUGGAGAUACAGAUUGAAAGGUACCCAACCAUUAAUACUUCAUUUAUUCAUAUCCAUGGUGCAAUUUCUUGUGUUUGGGGGUUUGCCUUGAAUCAAAAUUUGGUCAAUUUGAGUUAUGGAGAGAGCAACUACAUGAGAUGGUGGCUGUUUAUCUCCGUUUUGGGGUUUCAUGUAGAACAAGGAUGAAAUGCUGAUAUUCGAAUUCAGUUAGCAGUGGUGUUGAACCGAUGGAUUAAUGGAGAAACGAAACUGAGAAGAUGCAGUCUGUUGAAUGGGACUGAAAAUGGUUAAUCCGGCAGUGAUGGCAUUUUCUAUUACCAACAGUUGUUGGUGUUUUGAACCGUGAAGACAGUGUUGAUGCCUACUUUGCCAGUGGAUUGUGGGGAUAAAAGGCGAAGAAAGUGCUUAGUGAUACUGUGGUCAUAUUUGGGCAAGAUUGAUUAUGAAUUCAGUGUGGUAGUGAACUGAGUUUGACGGUGGCCAGAGAUGGGAGAUGCGAGAAUGGAAUUCUGGAUGGUAUUAACAGUGAACGAAUGGCGAGAAGAUGGUGCUGAGAUACUGGUGAAGUUAGGUCGAGAAGGGUGCAGUCCAUAAUAUGGUCAGAAUCAGAAUUGGUGUUGUUUCUAUCAAGUCAAAUAGGCAGAAAUAUGAGGAAAAGAUAAAAUUGUGUGGAGUGUUUUCCCCAAAUCCAGGAAGUGUUUGAAUCAAGUAAUUAGAGAAGAAGUCAAGUUGUUGUUGUAUAAAGGAUGAGCUUAAUCAACCAAGAAGGGUGUGAUUGAAUACCGCAAUCUUAAUUUUCUUUUGCUUUCUAUUCAUUUUCAGUUCUUUUUAGUUCUCUUGUGUGUUAGAGUUUUUGAUUCAAUAUUUUUAUGGCUAUCUACACAACAAUGAGAAGCUAAACCCCUUCUCUACCAAGACUAGAUGGGAAGCUUAAUGGGUUCAAGUAUUCUUUACAGUGAUCAUAAAUAAAUUCCAAGUUUUAAUCCAUUUCUUUGUCUCUGUU